AUUGUUGACUCCGGUACAUUACACUCAGAUGCUGAACUGAUUCAAACACACCUGUUGCUACCUGAGCUAGAAGAGCGACGGCGGUGAGAUGGGACUGUGCUUCAGACUGGCGGCGGCGUUGCUGCUGCUCCUUCAGGCGCUCCCCCUGACGCUCCUCCUGGACUCCACCGACUCCCCCGGCCGCACCAUCGACAAGGGCUGGUACCGGGCCCCCCCCAACAACGCUGAGGACCCCCCCGCGGGGGGGCAGGAGGCCCCAGGGGAACAAGAGGCCCCGGGGGAGGGCUCCUCUGGGGAGGCCCCUGGGGAGGUACAGGACACCACCGCGGGGGACCAGGAGCCCACAGUGGGGGACCAGGAGCCCACAGUGGGGGACCAGGAGCCCACCGCGGGGGACCAGGGGCCCACAGUGGGGGACCAGGAGCCCACCGCGGGGGACCAGGGGCCCACAGUGGGGGACCAGGAGCCCACAGUGGGGGACCAGGAGCCCACCGCAGGGGCCCCGGGGCCGGUCAGCGAGGGCACGUCGUCUACGGUGUUCGCUGCGUACGGAGCGCCGACCGGCUCCGGGGCCAGCGGAGAAGAGGAGGAGGAGCAGGAGGGCCCCAGCGCCCUGCCCCCCGCCGGGCCCCCGCUGCCCAACAACACGUCAGAGGCCAACGAGUCCAGCACCCCUGCUGCCCCCCGCACCGAGACCACCCCCCCGUCCGGCCCGGGCCCCGCCCUGAACGGCUCCGGCUCAGAGGACACGCCUCUGAGCGACCCGACGCCGGCGUCCAACUCCAGCGACGGGGCCGCCCCGAACGCGACCGCCGCCCCGACGGUCAGCGCCUCCGAGGGGACCACCCUGGCUCCGGAGCCCCCCGUGAGCCCCGAGGCACCCGGAGGGACCGCCCCAGGGCCCGGGCCCCGCAGCACAGAGGGGCCCCCGACCGGCGGCCCCCCCGCCUCGGAGAGCGCAGCCACGGAGGAGACGACAGCGGGCCCCGGCACCGCCACCGCCGGGCCCCCCCCCCCGGAGGCCACGCUGAACGCAACGGCUCCGGUCACCAUGACAACAACCCUGGCUCCCGGGACAACAGAGAAGAGCAACGCCACCGACCGGGACGCGGCGUCGGAGGAGAGCAACACAGACCGAGGGUUGGUCUCCAGUUCCAAGGGAAACAAACAGAACGAGGCCUGGGCCGCAAUCUUGGGGACAGCAGUGGCCGUGUGCGUGCUCGCGUUGGUCGUCUUUGUCAUUCUGAAGAAGAAGAACCAGAAGGCGUUCUCCCACAGAAAGCUGGUGGAGUUCUCCUCAGACCCAGUUCUUACCCUAGACAACAGUGAGUCUCUGGAGUCGGCUAACUACGACCGGGGGGGCUACUACAACCCGGCGCUGCAGAUGACCACCAUGCCACCACGAUACAACGCACCCGUCCCCGACGGCUACGUGGACUGAAGUCAGCGUCUUGUAGAUCAGAAGAACUGUGUUCAUAGAGGUGGAAGAUACAAAGGAAGGGUUGUGAAUACAUAACAUGAAAGAUGACUCGAUAACAUAUGAUCAAAACCAAUAUUUUUUAUUUGUACCUGUCCAGCUUUAAUGCAGUUAUAUCCAACAUUGUGCUUAGAGAGAGCAUAAGGCGUAAGAUUAUAAGGCACAGCUUUUUUAUUUUGUUGCCAAAUAAAAUGUAUGUUUUUUGAAGGAUUAGAAAUAACUUAAAUGUGGUAGGGGUUCAUCAGUAUGUUUGUUCUAUUAAGUCACUUUUGCUGUAAAGGAAGGAAAGCUUGAAUGAUUACAGCUGUGGUUAACUUUAAACAACAUCCACGGAAGAGUUCAAGAAAGGUGAAGAAGUCAACAUGUAUGCUUGGUGACAAGCCGAGGAUAAACAAGGGUCACAUGUAAAGUAAUAUGACUGCUGCACUCGGCCAGCCGGUCCAGUGGAGGAAGGGACCUGCCGGGAGAGAGGCGUGGAGAGGGAGACGGGUGCUGUGGUUUGACGACUCUACCUGCCACAGAUACGUGGCGACUCCUCAUUAUUUACAGCCUGGAGUUUAGAUACCAGAGGCCCCCCUCCUACCUGAGCUGUAUUAGGCAUCGUACCGACACACAGUAUGGCCUCAUGUAGAUACCUCCUCCAUACAAUCGCCAAGAUAAGAGAAGGUUUGAUAUCGGAAGCGUUUUCAUGCUGCACACAAUCUGUCAUCUGGACGUCAACCCAGAAUGUGUGAUGAAGAAAGGAAAAAUGAAGGAUGUGAGCUGCUUGUCUGAUCAAAUUGAUGAAUGGUUUCAAAUUAAAUGGCCAACAAUAA